AUGAAUCUCACGCUGGACCCGGAGCAGUUGACCUUGGGGCAUGAUUUUGCUAUCAACUGGGAGCCGGCCAAGGUGCUCAGAAUCAUUGCCAAGAGCCCCCGUACCCUGGAAACUGGAAUCGUUGAUCUCGAGCUGCGGCCUGUGCCGGAGCAUAUCAGACCCAAGGGGAAGGCCACGGAGGACUUGGGGGAUAUGAAACAUCUCCCGAACGAAAUCCUCGACAUGAUUAUCAACAAAUUGGAUUUGCCUAGUGCCAUAAGUCUGUCAUACGUCAACCGCAUCGCCAAUCAGCUUGUGCAGGAAAGCCCGGUUGCAUUUCUGAGAAAGUGGGCCCCCGGCAUGCCGAAGAUUCUCAAAAAGUCUCAGAUCCAUGAGAACUGGUCCAUUCAUGAUCUUAAAGAGGCAAUCAUAGGUGAAAAGUGCGUGGUAUGCGGCGCGUCGUCCGUUCAACUCUACCUACCUACAAUGGAGCGUAUCUGCCACCCUUGCUUGCACGAAGACCACUCAUACUGGUGUCUCCCCGUCGGACAGGCAGCCAUGAUCUUUGGCCUUGACUUAACCGAUCUCAUCAAUACCCAAACCGUGUAUCUGCCGCAGCUGAGCAAGAAUGGCUUUGAUUUGGGCGAUCUUGGCGCUUGGGUUAUUCCUGUCAAAUUGGCGCUGACCAAAGCCCUGGAGAUGUACGGCACCCGCAAGGGUAUUAAGCGUGCUGUGGAGGGCACCCCGUUCAAUAUUGAUGGAGAAGAAGAAACUUCCGAUGAGGAUGAUGAUGACGAAGAAUUUGAGGUGGAAAACCCGCAUGACGUUUAUCGCGCUGCUCCCCUGGAUUCACCCAUCCCCGUCAAACUGCGUUUGCUCAUCUCAAUGGGAAACUAUCAUCAGAAUGCUCACCACCACGCAGUUUCCUGUCGGGUUCCUGUCGUCAAUCGAGGCAAUACGCGCAAGCUUAUGUACUCGUGCCGUGGUUGCACUGCCAUGCUCACGCACCCCAGGACGGGAUCAAUGUCCGACAGCUACAUGAAGAUGAUGAGGCUUGACCCCGCCCUUGACAAGUUUCAGCGAUCGUUUGCAAUCUUCCGUCGCGCUUUUACUGUGUGGACCGAAGCCGAUAUGAUUGAGCAUAUUCGAAACGAGUGCAUUGGGGCUUGGUUCCUGCUGCAUGCUGAGGGACAGGAUGAGUAG